AUGUCCGAGGACGUUAGAUACGAGGCACCAUGGUUCAAGGAGUUCAUUUACGAGGAACCAUUGUCCGAGGACGUUAGGUACGAGGAACCAUUGUCCAAGGACGUUAGUUACGAGGAACCAUUGUCCAAGGACGUUAGAUACGAGGAACCAUUGUCCGAGGACGUUCGUUACGAGGAGCCAUUGUCCAAGGACGUUAGUUACGAGGAACCAUUGUCCAAGGACGUUAGUUACGAGGAACCAUUGUCCAAGGACGUUAGUUACGAGGAGCCAUUGUCCAAGGACGUUAGUUACGAGGAACCAUUGUCCAAGGACGUUAGUUACGAGGAACCAUUGUCCAAGGACGUUAGUUACGAGGAACCAUUGUCCAAGGACGUUAGUUACGAGGAACCAUUGUCCAAGGACGUUAGUUACGAGGAGCCAUUGUCCAAGGAGUUCCGUUGCGAGGAACCAUUGUCCAAGGACGUUAGUUACGAGGAACCAUUGUCCUAUGACGUUAGAUACGAGGAACCAUUGUCCUAUGACGUUAGAUAUGAGGAACCAUUGUCCGUGGACGUUAGUUACGAGGAGCCAUUGACAAUGGAUCCUAUCGGACUGUGA